CAUCCUCGUCUCUUAACUAGACUUGUCAAUCCCCUCUUCUCUCAACAACUACUCUCUACACCACUCACAGUGUUAAUCAUUCACAAUGGCUACCCCUCAGUCGCAACAGAUUAAGAACAACUUUGUCAACCACCCCUACGUCCAGCAGGCGAGCCGUGCUCUCCAGGGCCAGGUCAACCAGCUCGAUGCAGAGCUCAACAAGUACCCCGUUCUGAGGGACGUUGAGGCAAAGACCAAGGUCCCCAAGGCCUACGGCGUCCUCGGUCUCGGUGGAGUCGCUGUCAUUCUCAUCUUCUUCAACCUCUUUGGCCUUGCCCAGCCCGUCUCCAACCUUAUCGGCUGGGGUCUUCCCGCUUACCUCUCGAUCAAGGCCCUCGAGAGCCCCAGCACCAACGACGACAAGCAGUGGCUUACUUACUGGAUUGUCUACGGUACCUUUAACCUCAUCGAGUCGGUCGCACUCCGCGCCAUCCUCUACUGGGUUCCCUUCUACUUUGUGUUCAAGAGCGUCUUUAUUGUCUGGCUCUUCCUCCCCACCACUCGUGGUGCCGAGGUCCUCUACUUUAAUGUUCUCCGCCGCCUUGCUGUGAACAUUAACCGUCCCGGCCCCACCUUUAGCUCAACUUCGAGCUCCACGACGUCGUCGUCGACUUUUGGCUCGUCGCGUGUUGGCGGCUCGUCGGGCCUCGGUGGCACCUCGGCUACGACUGUCCCCUCGUCGACUUACGGCUCGGCCACUGACAACGCCUUUGGCACGACUGGCCAGACCACUGGCUUCAACCCCAACGCCAGCUCGGCCUUCAACGAGAACAAGCUUCUCUAAGCGACUUGUUUCCCCACCAUCUCACCUAAUGAUCACACGACAACGAUACAAGAUCUGACGGAGUGUUCUUUACCCUCCCCUGCCCCUCC